AUGCCAGAGAUAAGAGGACAUAACAAAGAUGAUGUAGAACAUAACAGAGGUGAUGUAGGACAUAACAGAGGUGAUGUAGGACAUAGCAUAGGUGAUGAAGUACAUAACACAGGUGAUGUAGGAUAUAACACAGGUGAUGUAGGACAUAACAUAGGUGAUUUAGGAUAUAACACAGGUGAUGUAGGACAUAACAGAGGUGAUGUAGGACAUAACACAGGUGAUGUAGGAUAUAACACAGGUGAUGUAGGACAUAACACAGGUGACAUAGGACAUAACACAGGUGAUGUAGGACAUAACACAGGUGAUGUAGGACAUAACACAGAUGAUUGUGAUGUAGGACAUAACACAGGUGACAAAGGACAUAACACAGGUGAUGUAGGACAUAACACAGGUGAUGUAGGACAUAACAUAGGUGAUGUAGGAUAUAACACAGGUGAUGUAGGACAUAACACAGGUGACAUAGGACAUAACACAGGUGAUGUAGGACAUAACACAGGUGAUGUAGGACAUAACACAGGUGACAUAAGACAUAACACAGGUGAUGUAGGACAUAACACAGGUGAUGUAGGACAUAACAUAGGUGAUGUAGGAUAUAACACAGGUGAUGUAGGACAUAACAGAGGUGAUGUAGGAUAUAACACAGGUGAUGUAGAACAUAACAGAGGUGGUGUAGGACAUAACACAGGUGAUGUAGGACAUAACACAGAUGAUGUAGGACAUAACACAGAAGAUGUAGGACAUAACACAGAUGACGUUGGACAUAAGACAGAUGAUGUAUGA